CUGCAGAGCAGCGAGCUCUCUCUUCCUGCGCUCAGCUCUAUGUGACACUCAGCACUUGGCGCAUUGUCUUUUCCCCCCCAUUUCAUUUUAUUUUUUCACCCCACUCUUUGCAUUUGGAUAUUCGAUCCGCAGCUUGUGCGUCUUUCUCCUCGGUGCUUAGGGUCGUCUUCUCCAUCAUGGGCAACAGGGACGACGAAUACGAUUUCUUGUUUAAAGUCGUUCUUAUCGGGGACUCGGGUGUCGGAAAGAGCAACCUGCUGUCACGUUUCACCCGCAACGAGUUUAACCUGGAGAGUAAAAGCACGAUCGGAGUGGAGUUCGCCACCCGCAGCAUCCAGGUGGACGGCAAGACGAUAAAGGCGCAGAUUUGGGACACGGCCGGACAGGAGCGCUACCGGGCCAUCACCUCGGCCUAUUACCGGGGUGCAGUCGGUGCUCUACUGGUGUACGACAUCGCCAAACACUUGACAUACGAGAAUGUGGAGCGCUGGUUGAAGGAGCUGAGGGACCACGCAGACAACAACAUCGUCAUCAUGCUGGUGGGCAACAAGAGUGACCUGCGCCACCUGAGGGCCGUGCCGACCGACGAGGCCCGGGCUUUUGCAGAGAAGAAUAACCUGUCAUUUAUUGAGACCUCGGCUCUGGAUUCAACCAACGUCGAAGAGGCGUUCAAGAACAUUCUAACAGAGAUCUAUCGCAUCGUAUCACAGAAGCAGAUCGCUGACCGAUCAGCUCACGACGAGUCUCCAGGGAACAACGUGGUGGACAUCAGCGUGCCGCCCACCACGGACGGGCAAAAGGGCAGCAAACUGCAGUGCUGCCAAAACCUGUAACCAUGACAACCAACGUCACCCCCUUCACCGCACACCCCACUACCAUUAUCUCACUUUUUUUCUCUCGACAUCUCGUGCCGCCGACGUCCGUUUCGUUUGUGUAAUAUAUUUUUUUUUUCUUUUUUUUUUUAAAGCUUCUCAACUCACAUAUGCACUCAUACACACAGACAGACAGACAGACACUCGCACACACUUAUUUCUGACAUGAAAUAAAAUUUUACAGUACAAA